AUUAUAGACAUGAAAAGCUUGGGGUAUAGCCAACUGCAAUUAAGUCAAAAAAUUAUCAAAACAGAUGGGGAUGAUUCUGACAUGCUUUUACCAGAAUCUGAUAAAGAUGAAAUUGGAUAAAUAUUGAAUACAGAAGAAAGCAGAAGCAAACCAAUUAAAGAACUUAGAUUUAGUCUCAAAAAUUAAGUUUGGAUAUUCGAUAGAAAUCAAAAAAGACAUCAAUCAUACAAAUCGCCUUCACCGCUUGGUACUAAAUCUUCCCCUUCCAUUCUUAAAAAUAAAAAUGCAAUAACGAAAUAAUUCAAUCAUGACAAUAUUAUUUAAAUUAAUCAGCCACAAUGAAUCUUAAGAUUAAAC